AUGCAAAAUGAGGUUCAACCCCGAGAAAUGUACGUUCGGCGUCCGGGCAGGAAAAUUCCUCGGUUCUAUUUGACGGAAAGAGGAAUCGAAGCCAACCCGGAUAAAUGUAGAGCUUUUUCGGACUUGCCCACCCCGAACUCAAAAAAGUCAAUCCAAACCUUAAACGGCAUGCUCACGUCGCUAUCCAGGUUUGUGGCCAAAUCCGCCCAGCAUGCCCUUCCCUUAUUCAAACUCUUACGUAAAGAGACCACUUUCGAAUGGACGGAAGAGUGUGAACGUGCCCUUUCCCAUCUCAAGCAAGCCCUUUCCAGCCCACCGGUCUUAUCAAGGCCUAAAGUCGGCAAAACCCUAUACCUUUAUCUCGCAGUGGCCAUCGAGGCCGUCAGCACGGCCUUGAUAUGCGAAACCCCAGAAGGCCAGAAACCCAUUUACUUCACAAGCAAAGCACUCCAAGGCCCCGAGAUCAGAUACCAACGGAUCGAAAAGGUCGGGCUCGCCUUAAUAACCGCAACACGAAGACUCAGGCACUAUUUCCUAGCUCACACCAUAGUUGUACGAACCGAGCAACCUGUGAAACAAUUGCUUGCACGGCCCGAUAUGGCCAGACAGAUGCUCCACUGGUUGUUAGAACUCGCAGAGUUCGACGUUAAAUACGAAGGAAGAAAAGCCCUUAAGGCACAGGUCUUAGCAAAUUUCGUGGUCGAAAUGGCCUUCCCCGAAACAACGAACUGCAACGCCCAAAGAUGGAUCAUAUACGUGGACGGAACCUCCAGCUCAACUGGCAGCGGAGCAAGGAUCAUUCUUGAAAAUGGAGAAGGAACCCUCAUAGAAGUAUCCCUCUCACUCUCGUUCCCAACAUCCAACAACCAAGCCGAAUAUGAGGCCCUGCUCGCCGGAUUACGCCUCGCGAACGAUCUAGAAGCCGAAGACAUUAAGGAGUUCGUCACAAAAUUAGGGACCACACAACAUUUUGCAUCACUCGAGCACCCCCAAACUAACGGGCAAGCAGAGGCUGCCAACAGGGUGAUUUUGAGGGGCCUCAGAAGAAGACUGGACGAGAUAAAAAGGGGAUGGGUGGAAGAGUUGCACAGCGUCCUGUGGGCCUAUCGCACCACCCCACACUCCACUACCGGGGAAACCCCCUUCCGACUGACGUACGGAACGGAGGCCGUGAUCCCCGUCGAGAUACAUGUGCCCUCGAGACGCAUCGAAGAGCCACUCGAGACAGAGGGCAACAUCAAGGCUGUCAAGGAAGAGCUCGACCUGGUCGAGGAAAUCCGCACUGGGGCCGUUCUUCGCGAAGCUUCACUCAAGCAAAAAAUCGCCUUAAGACAUGACGCGAAGGUCAUUAAACGGGAAUUUAAAGUAGACAGCCUAGUGCUAAAAAAAAACCACAAAGAUUCCCGAGAAGGUAAACUGGCCGCGAAUUGGGAAGGCCCUUAUCGUGUCCGGGAAAGGACAGAAGAUGGGGCAUACUACCUAGAGAACUUGCAAGGAGAAGAACUAGCUCGACCUUGGAACGCUGAAAAACUCAAACAAUAUUACAGUUAA